CCAUGGCAGUGGCAAUGGCCAUGGGGAAGGCAUCUCUUGCUCCUCCUCCUAGCCUACCUGGUCGCCGCCUCCCUCGCCUGUACAUAUUGUCCUCCCACCAGUCCGGUUGUUCCCAAACCACCUUUCCAUCCCAAACCUCCCUAUGUUCCCAAACCACCCUACCAUCCCAAGCCUCCCAAGCCACCCUACCAUCCCAAGCCACCAUAUGUUCCCAAGCCACCCCACCAUCCCAAGCCACCGUUCCACCAUACGUUCCCAAGCCACCAUAUGUUCCCAAGCCACCCCACCAUCCCAAGCCACCAUAUGUUCCCAAGCCUCCCUAUGUUCCCAAGCCUCCCUUCUAUCCCAAGCCUCCUUAUGUUCCCAAGCCACCCUCCCAUCCCAAGCCAGUUCCCAAACCACCCUUCUAUCCCAAGCCUCCUUAUGUUCCCAAGCCUCCCUAUGUUCCCAAGCCACCCUUCUAUCCCAAGCCUCCCUAUGUUCCCAAGCCUCCCCACGGACCCAAACCUCCGGCCCCUUGCCCUCCUCCCCUGCCUACUCCUAAGCCUCCCAAGCCAAAGCCUCCCCCCAAGCCCAAGCCCCCCGUCCCAAAGCCCCCACCCAUGCCAAAGCCUCCCCCCAAGCCGGAGCCCCCCGUCGUAUACCCACCGCCCAAGCCACCCAUGCCAAAGCCUCCCCCCAAGCCGGAGCCCCCCAUCGUAUACCCACCGCCCAUCCCAAAGCCACCGGUCAUACCACCAUCGCCGCCUUACGUCCCCAAACCACCGCCCGUCGAGAAGCCGUGCCCCCCACCGCCGCCGCCCCCAGUGCCGUGCCCGCCCCCGCCGGCGGCGCCGCAGACGUGCCCGAUCGACACGUUGAAGCUUGGGGCAUGCGUGGACGUGCUGGGCGGGCUGGUGCACGUCGGGAUCGGGAGCAGCGCGAAGGACACGUGCUGCCCGGUGCUGCAGGGGCUGCUCGACCUGGACGCGGCGGUGUGCCUCUGCACCACCAUCAGAGCCAAGCUCCUCAACAUCAGCAUCGUCGUCCCCAUCGCCCUCGAGGUCCUCGUCGAGUGCGGCAAAACGCCUCCUGCUGGAUUCCAGUGCCCCGCCUUAUAAGAAGGUCGAACGUCUUCCGAGCGCAUACACGUACCCCCUCCGAACGAAGCAGCAGCAGCAGCUCGUUUUGUGUCUAAUGUUUUUCUUUUUGCUCCUGUUUUUUUCUCCCCCUUCCUUUCUGGCCUUUUUCUUUUUGGGUUUAUGUUCAUCGUAUAUGGAAUGGAUAUACGGUGGGAGAAACUGUGGACAAAACCUCGUAUUUCGUAGAGCCGUACCGUUCCGUACCGUACAUGCUUUGCCAACCUCAUCAAUCUUUCCUUUUAUCAUUGUGCAUGU